GAUUUUACGAAAAAACGUAGGGGCGAAGAUGAAGAACAAAGUCUUAUUCGAUGGUUUACUGAUCAUAGUACGGAUGAUUUGGCUUGGGAGUUGGGAAGAUCAAUUAGAGACGACCUAUAUCCUCAGGCUUGGAUUUAUUUUACUUUCGAGGAUGAUGAGGAUGAAAUAGAUGAAGGAGAAAUUGACUUAGAAGAUUUUCAAGAAGAAUCUGACGAAGACGAAGAGUCAGCGCCGCCAUCAAAAAAACGUGUUAAG